AUGUGCUAAAUGGUUUCUUGUCGAUUCACGAAUCGCGGAAUAGAUUGGCAGAUCAACGACCCUGGAUGCAAGAUAAAUCUUUUUAUCAAUCACCGGAGUUUUUUAUGAUUGAAGUAGAAGCAUCAUUCCGUUUAUGAAUCAGGGACGUUUUGAGCUCCAUGUGUGCAUUCGUCCCAGAAAAUCAACCUACCAUCGCUUACGCAGUGUACGUUGUUGUGUGGAAAGUUCCAGCUGCUUUGAGCAUGUUUCUGGGAAUCUGUUAGCUCAACUGAUGCACAUUCUCCCCGAUCCAAAAUCGCAUGAAUGUCACGUUGAGAAGUGUCCGCUGUAUCUUUUAAUUCUUCGGUCUCCCUACCCGAGUCUUUCGUCAGUUUGCUCGUUAGUUAGUCCUUGAGUGCAGUACUACUACUUGCCAAAUCGGGAUCUCGACUCUGGAGUUUGUUGUUUCAUCGAUCUCUCUAUGGGCCACAUGAUGGACGAGGAAGCGCGCCUAUGGACCCUCAACCCCUAUGAACUGAACCGUACCCCCCAGCACAUCCCGCCCACCGACACCCGCAUCGUCCACACCACCGGCCGCAUCCUGGAGCAGGAGCUGCAGUGCGCCAUCUGUCUGGACAUUCUGCGCAACACCCGCACCACCAAGGAGUGCCUGCACCGUUUCUGCGACGACUGCAUCAGUCAGGCGCUGCGCAACGGCAACCGCGAAUGCCCCAACUGCCGCACCAAGCUCAUCUCCAUGCGCUCCCUGCGUCCCGAUCCCCUGUUCGACGACAUCAUCCGGGUGCUGUUCCCCAAUCGCCGGGAGAUGGAUGAGCAGAACGCGGCUAAGUUGGCGCUGCUGGCCACGGGGAGCGAGCCGCGACGACGUCGAAGAGGAGCAGGUGGGGGUGGCGGUGCGGGGGGUAGUGGUCCGGCGCAGGCCAAGGUGGUGGCCCCCGCGGUGGAGGAGGAUGACGGGGUGCCGGUGGUGUGUAUGGAGUUGCGGCCGUAUGAGCGGAAGAUGGUGGCCGCCGGGCAGACGGAGGUGCUGGAGAAGUGGAAGCCGGCCAAGCGCUUCGUGCGGGUGAAAGGCAGUGCCAAAGUCGAUCACGUGUGCCGUUUCAUCCUGACCCGUUUGCUGGUGGAGCGCCAGAACAGCUCCGUCGUGGACAUCAACGGGAUCGACGUGAGCAAAGUGCAGAUCUACCUGAAGAUGGCCAAGAACGACUACCAUCUCCUGCAGCACAGCCUGACCCUCCUGGACGUCCACGAACGCUACUGGAACAUUGGGCGCCCCAUGAAGUUCGCCUUUGCCUUCUCGGGCAACAUCAAGCUGAAAUGAAGAUAAUCCUUGUAGAUAGCGUUUGUUUCAAGUUCUCUUGACGGUUAUGGUUGAGUAUUGGCGGAUUGAUUUCGUGUUCCAUUAUUACUGGUGAAAUGGGAACAUUUUCGAGUUUUGUUUCUCAGAAGGGUUUGCGGGGGAGGUGGUGCAGUUUGUCGGUUUAAUUUUGCAGCGUGUGCUGGAAAUGGGACGUUAUAUGAAUUAGGUUGCUUUGGCGUUUUCUUUUUGGAUAAUUUUUUGUAAAGGAAAUCUCUCUUUUUGCGCAUUUUGCUGGCAGUUUGUUACGUAAUAUUAAUAUUAUAAAAUAAUUAUGCUUUCCCUGGAUUUGAUGCACCUGUAAGCAAUUUAAUAUGCUGGUUGUUGUUCACUAAUGGUAAGAUAAACGAAUAUUGGAAUAAGGAAGUACAAAAUAAAUUGGCU